UGGUGGGAAACAAAAUGGAGAAGCAAAACCAACGGGUGGAUUUGGAAGUGGACGCAGUUUUGGAAACAGAGGUGCAUCAGGAAAUAGAUUUGAAGAAAGAAAAAGUACAGGUUUUGGAAGAGGAAUGAGUAAUGGCAGUGAUGCACGUUGGGGUGGAAGAGGAUCAGCUAGAGGUGGCCGAGGAGGACAUGGGCUAUUUACGAAUGAUGAUGAUGAGCAAGAUGGAAGACAACAUUCUGGUUUCUUUGGUUCAAAAAGAGGGGGGUUUGGUGCUUCUACAGGUGAUUCUGAAAACAGAGGAGGAAGAGGAUUUAGAGACAGAGGAGGUUAUAAGGGAAGGAAUGAAGAAGUAAUUGGAGGUGCUGGGAAAAGUAUGUGGAAAUCAAAUGGUGAUGAAGAAGGGGUUGACACUGCAGGUCCAAAGGUGACAUAUAUACCACCACCACCACCAGACAGUGAAGAUGCAAUCUUUGCCCAUUACCAGACCGGAAUAAACUUUGACAAAUAUGAUAACAUUCUUGUGGAAGUGUCGGGACAUGAUUGCCCAGCUGCCAUUCUGACCUUUGAAGAAGCUGGUCUCUGUCAAACAUUAUUCAAGAAUAUUGCUAAAGCUGGAUAUUCUAAACUUACUCCUGUGCAGAAGCAUAGCAUUCCUAUUGUGCUGGCAGGACGUGAUUUAAUGGCAUGUGCCCAAACAGGAUCUGGAAAGACAGCAGCUUUUCUAAUACCAAUUUUGGCCCAGAUGAUGCAAGAUGGAAUUUCUGCCACUCAGUUCAAAGAGCAGCAAGAACCAGAAUGUAUAAUAGUAGCUCCAACAAGAGAACUUGUAAAUCAGAUCUUCCUUGAAUCAAGAAAAUUUGCCUAUGGAACUUGUAUAAGGCCAGUUGUGGUUUAUGGAGGUACGCAGACAAUUCAUUCAAUUCGCCAGGUAAUGCAAGGCUGUAAUAUAUUAUGUGCUACUCCUGGAAGACUUCUGGAUAUCAUCGGCAGACAGAAGAUUGGGCUGAGCAAACUAAGAUAUUUGGUUUUAGAUGAAGCGGACCGUAUGCUGGAUAUGGGGUUUGGCCCAGAGAUGAAGAAGUUGAUUUCCUUUCCAGGAAUGCCACCAAAGGAUGAACGACAAACAUUAAUGUUCAGUGCCACUUUCCCUGAAGAAAUUCAGAGGCUGGCUGGAGAAUUUUUGAAGACAGACUACCUUUUUGUUGUUGUUGGACAAGUGGGUGGAGCCUGCAGUGAUGUUCAGCAGACUAUACUUCAAGUUAGUCAGUAUGACAAGAGAGACAAACUUAUUGAAAUUCUCAACAGCCUAGGUGAUAAGCGAACAAUGGUGUUUGUAGAAACUAAGAAAAAGGCAGAUUUUUUUGCCACCCUUCUUUGCCAAGAAAAAAUAAAAACCACAAGUAUUCAUGGUGAUCGGGAGCAGAGAGAACGAGAAGAAGCUCUUCGUGACUUUCGUUCUGGAAAAUGUCCUGUUCUUGUUGCAACCUCAGUGGCAGCAAGAGGUCUGGAUAUUGAGAAUGUUCAUCAUGUUAUAAAUGUCGAUCUUCCUUCCACGAUAGAUGAAUAUGUUCACAGGAUUGGGCGAACUGGACGCUGUGGUAACUUGGGCAAAGCAGUUUCUUUCUUUGAUCCUCUUGCUGACAGCAGUAUGGCACAGCCCCUUGUCAAAGUGCUUGCAGAUGCUCAACAGGAAGUGCCACCAUGGCUAGAAGAAAUAGCUUGUUCCGGUGCGGUUGGUUUUAGCAAUCCAAGGGGAAAUACGUUUGCAUCUGUUGAUUCUAGAAAGGGUUUCCAAAGCAAAGAAAAUCAGCACAGUGGAGGAUUUGUUUCAUCGAAUACAAGUGCAGCUGAUGAGUCAUGGGAUUGACUA